GGACCGCAAUGCCCUGGGAACGCAGCAGACGCUGAGCCUCCGAAGUCCGGUAGCUGAACCAGAUACACACGGACCACCAGCUAGACUGAAAUCUUGUAUCUCUGCCAGCACCCUGGAGUCACAAGACGGGGGAUUCUGGGCGGACGGGAUCUCAGAACUCCGGUCCCGGGCGCGGGGAGACGGUAUCGCUGUUCUUGGUGCUGAAACGCCGCGGUUGCGAAGGGGAACCGCCGCCUGCCUGCCCACCCCCCACCGCGUCCCCGGUAAAGCGCCGCAACCUCUGUGAGAGCUGUCCAGUGCUGAACCCGGAUGCGGCUGGGCCCGCGGGGCUAGACCCGAGCUUGCCGCACCCAGCGGAGCCCGGACCGAGCUUUUGGGAGCGCUGACGCAGAGCGCUGGAAGGCGAGAAGCAGUGGGCUCCACGCCGGGCAUGGACCAGCAGAGACUGGACUCCUACCAGUGGGGAGCUAGCUUCAAUGAGCACGUCCUUCAUAAGACCAUCCUGGUGGGUGACAGCGGUGUGGGGAAGACAUCUCUGCUGGUUCAGUUCGACCAGGGCAAGUUCAUCCCUGGCUCCUUCUCGGCCACCGUGGGCAUCGGAUUCACAAACAAAGUGGUGACUGUGGAUGGUGUCAGGGUGAAGCUGCAGAUCUGGGAUACCGCCGGGCAAGAGCGGUUCCGCAGUGUCACCCAUGCCUACUACCGAGAUGCCCAGGCCUUGCUCCUGCUGUACGACAUCACCAACAAAUCUUCCUUUGACAACAUCCGGGCCUGGCUCACUGAGAUUCACGAGUAUGCCCAGAGGGAUGUGGUGAUCAUGCUGCUUGGCAACAAGGCAGAUGUGAGCAGUGAACGGGUGAUCCGUUCGGAGGACGGAGAGACACUGGCCAGGGAGUACGGCGUUCCCUUCAUGGAGACCAGCGCCAAGACGGGCAUGAAUGUGGAGUUAGCCUUUCUGGCCAUUGCCAAGGAGCUGAAAUACAGAGCCCUGUGGCAGCCCGAUGGGCCCAGCUUCCAGAUCCGAGACUUUGUGGAGUCCCAGAAGAAACGGCCCAGCUGCUGCUCCAUCUUGUGAAUACCAAGGGGCUGCAAGGGGGCUCCAGAGGCCCCCGCGGAUGCAGCCUUCUCCCCCCCAGAUCUGGUUUAUUCUGCGAGGCUGGGAGUUGGGGGACCCAGUGGACAGCCCCUUCCCAAGCGGGAGCUGUACUCCCACCCCUACCCUAGUUGCGUAGUUUCCCUGCAUCCUGGGGGAGGGUAAAAUAUUUAUCUCAUCCUAAUGACACAUAAUGUAAUACAAAAAGGGAGGGAGGGGGGAGGCGGGGCACCAGAAAAACAAGGCAGGGAGCUGGUGGACCUUUUGCCUUCUGCUACUUGGACUUGGGGGGCUGAGGCUCCCUCCUAACCUUGGCAAGGGUGGUGUUGCUUCAGUUCAGCACCAGAGGGCAGUGACGCACUUCUGCAGCGUGAGGGCCAGAUGUGACCCCCGUGGCCACCUUCACCUCAACUGGAGAGGCUAAGCAGACCCCCAACUUUCAUUUCCUCCAGCUCCCAGGGAACAGUCUUCCCCAGUAAGAUGGUCCCUGGUGCCGGGAGCUAGACCAAGGCUAGGGAAUAUAAGAGAUGUGGAGAUCGGGCAGUGACGGAGCUCUGUGGGUGCAGGGGGGAGGAGUGACCCAGACUAAGUCUAUCUGUUUGGCUGCCUCUGGCUUUCCUAGCUCCCCUCUGGGACAUGUGCCCCUUUUCCUCCAGCUCACAAGCCGAAAACAUCUGGUUCCUGUUCUCUGGACCUUGGGUCCCAGGGGAACCCCACCUCCCGGAACCCCUGGUCUUCUCUACCUUUUUGCUUGUGCCCCUAGACACCUGAGGUCACAGCCAGGGAAAGGUUUUUCUCCUAUCUCAAACCUUUGGCAGGUAUGCACCCCCACAGCCUACUUCUAACAGCCACAGUGCUUCUACUGGAUUAAGAGUCAGUUAAGGAGAAACCUCUGACUUCUGGAGCAGAUGGGAGGCAGAACUGAGCAAACCUCACCUCACCACACAUAUGCCCCCAAACCCAAGCGCUGUCUCCUCCUUGACCACUCAUGCCUUUUCGCUUCCAGACAGACACCAAGGCCAAAACUCUCCAUCUCUCCUCCCACUGAGCCAAGUUAGGGAGUGAGAAGUCACCCAUUACUGGGUAAACCAACACAGUGUGCAAAACAAGGUCAUUUGAGUAAGACUGGGGUGAGGUGAGAGUCAGCAGAGUUUAUGUAGGGCCAAAGUCACCGGUCUCCCAGGUCCCUGACUACAGCAAACGGAGGUGGACAGGAGAUAUGUGGGUCAUGACCUGGAGGCACCUUUACUCUAGCUCUCCAGGCCAAGGGCAAGGGAGAGGAUAGAGGAAGAAGUACACACUUCACAUUUCUGAGGCUAUUGCAUUUGCUUUCAAGGCAGAAAUCUUGCUCUCUGAGCAGAGUCAGCAGCUCCAACUUGGGCCUGAUAAGGAAACUCUCCUAGGCUUCUCCCAGGCGAAGCAGGGAGGAGCCUGACCUUGCUGGGCUCUUCUGGGGCCCAAGGCAGGUCACAGGAGACCGAAUCACAUGGGCCGCGUUUGUGUUUUCAGAAUUAAAUUGCAGAAUUUGGAAAGUA